UAUUUAAGGCUUGCACGCGCGAGGCUGCGGAGAUCCUGGGGGCAGCCGCGACUUCGGCCUCGCCGCUCGCUCUUGCUCCUUAUUCCGUUUCCUCUGGCCUCUGCCCCUCGGUACCCUUUUGGCGCUGCGCUCCCGCCGCCGCGCUCAGCCGUUUUUGCCCGGCGCCGAGUCCAGGUGGGAGGCAGUUGGCGUGCGGAAAAACACCGGCUAGGCAGACCUAAGGCAAACUAGCAGACGCAACAGGUCCGCGUUGCGGGGCGAGGGGAGCGGCGGCCACCGCAGCCGUCUCUCACGGUCCCCGGCCCCUGGGCGGCCGCCCGCGGGGACCUCCGAAGUGCCCGUCCUCAGGGGGGUGUCAGCAGGACUAUCCGAGUUGGGUUCCUUUCUGGUUUUUGCCUUGUGGCCACCAGUCCAUAGACGGAGGGUGCUCUUCACCCCCAGGUAGGAGAGGAGAAGAAGGCGGAGGACGGUCCAGGACUGCUGGUCUCUGCACUGGGGAGAGCGGGGGUCCAUCCGCGCGCGCCCCUCUCUCACUCCACCAACUAGUUGUACAGCCCACCGGACUGAACUUUGGAGGAAUCGUCCUUUUUCUUUCCCUUUACGAUUAUUGGAAGUGGGAGAGGGUGGGAGGCAGCGGACCCCGCCACGAUGCUGCCGAAGAAGCCUGCAGGAAAAGGAGGGGCCGGAGAGCCGGGCUCCGAGGACCCGAGCCCCGCCCGGCAGUCUUGUGCCCGCACCGUGCCCCCAGGCGCGGUCCUGGCGGCCCUCCUGUCAGUGGUGGCCGUGAUGUCUUGUCUGUACCUGGGGGUGAAAACCAACGAUCUGCAGGCGAGGAUCGCCGCUCUCGAAUCCGCCAAAGGGGACCCUUCCAUCCGUCCGCUUCCCGAUUGCCUGGAUCAGCUCAAAGCAGUGGUGCAAGAGAAAGUGGAGCGACUUCUGGCUCAGAAAUCCUAUGAACAUAUGGCUAAAAUAAGAAUCGCAAGAGAAGCACCUUCAGAAUGCAACUGCCCAGCAGGCCCUCCAGGGAAACGAGGUAAGAGGGGCCGAAGAGGAGAAUCUGGUCUUCCUGGUCAGCCUGGUCCUCAGGGCCCUCCUGGUCCAAAAGGUGAUAAGGGAGAACAAGGUGAUCAGGGACCUCGGAUGGUGUUUCCUAAAAUCAAUCAUGGGUUUCUCUCUGCUGAUCAGCAGCUCAUUAAACGCCGCUUGAUUAAGGGUGACCAAGGACAAGCUGGGCCCCCAGGCCCGCCUGGCCCUCCAGGCCCAAGAGGGCCUCCUGGGGACACCGGGAAAGAUGGCCCCCGAGGAAUGCCAGGAGAGCCCGGUGAACCAGGGAACCCAGGAAAACAAGGCUCAAUGGGUCCUAUGGGGCCUCCAGGACAAAAGGGUUCUGUUGGAGCACAUGGGAUUCCAGGGAUGAAUGGGCAAAAGGGUGAGCCCGGGUUGCCUGGAGCAGUGGGACAGAACGGAAUACCAGGGCCAAAGGGAGAACCUGGAGAGCGAGGAGAAAAGGGAGAUGCUGGCGAGAGUGGUCCCAAAGGUGAUGCGGGCGAAAAGGGUGACCCUGGAUCAUCUGCUGCAGGAAUUAAGGGAGAACCUGGAGAAUCUGGUCGUCCAGGGCAAAAGGGUGAACCAGGGCUUCCUGGGCUUCCUGGACUUCCGGGGAUAAAGGGUGAACCCGGUUUCAUUGGCCCUCAAGGGGAGACAGGCUUGCCAGGCUUACCGGGAACAAAGGGUGAGCGAGGGGAGGCAGGGCCUCCUGGAAGAGGUGAGCGAGGGGAGCCUGGAACUCCUGGACCAAAGGGGAAACAAGGUGAAUCAGGAACUAGAGGCCCAAAGGGGUCAAAGGGUGACCGUGGAGACAAAGGAGACUCUGGAACCCUGGGACCAAGGGGUCCACCUGGUCAAAAGGGGGAUCAAGGAGCCACAGAGAUCAUAGACUAUAAUGGCAACCUCCAUGAAGCCUUGCAGAGGAUUACCACCUUAACUGUCACGGGUCCCCCUGGACCACCUGGACCUCAAGGACUACAAGGGCCAAAGGGAGAGCCAGGAUCUCCAGGAAUCCCAGGAGUUGACGGAGAGCAGGGACUCAAAGGCUCAAAGGGAGACAUGGGGGACCCAGGUAUGCCAGGUGAAAAAGGAGGAAUCGGACUUCCUGGAUUGCCGGGUGCCAAUGGAAUGAAAGGAGAGAAAGGAGACUCCGGAUUGCCAGGUCCUCAGGGCCCUUCUAUCAUAGGCCCACCAGGCCCACCAGGUCCCCAUGGUCCACCAGGCCCCAUGGGACCCCAUGGACUUCCUGGACCAAAGGGCGAACCAGGGUUAAAUGGUGUUAAAGGAUUGAAGGGUGAACCAGGUCAAAAGGGUGACAGAGGACCCCUUGGUCUUCCAGGAGCAUCUGGCUUAGACGGAAAGCCAGGAGCCCGGGGUACAGAUGGCCCUAUGGGACCUCAUGGCCCUGCAGGUCCCAAAGGAGAAAGAGGCGAAAAAGGAGCUGUGGGAGAGCCCGGACCCAGAGGGCCCUACGGCCUGCCCGGGAAAGAUGGAGAGCCUGGUCUUGAUGGCUUCCCUGGUCCACGAGGCGAGAAGGGUGAUCUAGGAGAAAAGGGAGAAAAGGGAUUCCGUGGCAUUAAGGGGGAAAAAGGGGAGCCAGGCCAGCCUGGCCUGGAUGGGCUGGAUGCCCCUUGCCAAUUGGGCCCAGAUGGAUUACCCAUGCCUGGCUGUUGGCAAAAGUGAUGAAACUAACCUUCCGAGCAUGAAGUUGUGUAUAUAGUGGUCCACUCUUUAUAUUUAUAGUUGAAAAUCGAAUUGCAGAUUUUACAAGUCUGAGAUAUGUUUACAUAUAGCUGCUUCUUCCUGUUUGCAGUAGUACACAUGUCCAUCUUUUCUUUGCUUACAUCUAAAAUUGGGCAACAUGUGAAACUAGUGAGAAGCCUGCAGAAAAAUAUAGAUCAGUAUCUCUUUAUCUUAUGUAAAGAUGCCUAUUUAUAUGGACAUAUCAGUGAUAGAGAAUGAUUGUUCUUGCUAUUUUCUUACUUUGGGCUUGCCAAUUGCAUGGACAAAAGGGGC